GCAUCCACCUCAAGUUCGCAGUUUCAACAUCAGCCUCUUAUGUUGAACGUUCCUGGUUUCCCUUCUCGUCGAACCAAUACCGGCACCUGUUUUGCCUGUGGAAAGCCAGGUCAUUGGCGCUCCUGUUGCCCAACGAUGGCCAAGCAAACAUCACAAACUCCUAAAUGACUAGCCGACGAAGGAUAACAAUCAGGUGCAAUCUUUUCCAAUUUCCUUUGUAGUGAUAUGAUUUUUGAGGCGGAAAGCCGUAAUUCAGAUCAGGAGUGUCUCGAUGUCGCAUCAGUUUCUUCCGACGUCACCCCGCUAGUUUUAGGCGCGGUUAAGGACUCUGAGAGUACUGUUGAUAUUUCUAUUCAACCUUCAGUUCGGGGAAGACUUUUCAAGUGUAUCGAUUUCUGGCGUACUUUGCCAGCUUCUCAGUUCAUUUUGAAUGUUAUUAGCCAAGGUUACAAAAUUCCGUUCUUCCAGCUACCCACACCCUUUUACAAAGCCAACAAUGCUUCCGCACGCAGUAACAGUUCUUUUGUUACCAUAGCUGUUAAUGAGCUUCUUAGUCUCAACCUCAUCGACGACGUUUUUUGUGCUCCUGAUAUUAUUAACCCGCUUUCGGUU